UAGGAGAAUUUUGGUAGAGAAUUUUUAGUUCAUUUUUGUCAACAAGGGCUUUUAGCUAUGGGUAGAGGCAGAGGAAAAGGGAAGAAGCAAUCUGUUAUGGCUGAGGAUCCUGGAAGUGAAGAGGAUAAAGUCCCAGCUUACAGAAGAAGAGGAAGACCUCUGAAGCCACUGACUGCUGAAAUUGAAGAAGUGGAAGUAACUGAAAUUAUAGAGAAAGAUGAGGAGAAUGUCAAGGGUAAUGGCUCUACCAAUGAGUUGAAAACUCAACCUAUCACAAUAAAUAAAAGGAAAAGGAAGAGAUCUACACAGGUUAAAGAAAAGAUAGAUCCCAUGAAAGACGAUAAUGGCAUCCUAGCAAAGUCAAGCCCUGAUGAUUCAAUAAAGUCUACCGGAUUCUGGCAGAAUGGGAGCCAGCGUAAGAACAAGCCUCGCCGUGCUGCGGAGGCCGGGGUAGAUUGCAAGUAAGCAGCAAGGUUUUCAUGAAAUAUUAGCUUCAUAAUCUGGUUUGGCUAUUGGGAUUAUUGGUGGUUGAUGGGUAGAUAUGGGCCGCCGGUGUUGAAUGAGAAUGGAGGAAUCAGCUGAAGCAAAUUUGGGUUUUUGUCUGUUCAGAUGAUGAUGUAUCGGCAAAGGACUGAUUAUUGGAAAACCAAUAUUCCUAAUUCUUUAAACUUUACUUUUACUUAAAAGCACUUUCUUUUUUCAGUUUAAAUCUUAAACAAAUAAUUUAAGUCCAUGUCAUAAAGUGACAUAUACGUGUUU